AUGCUGUCUUCUUCUCUCCUCCUUGCGUGCCUCCAUGCCUUGAUCACCCUCACUACCCUCACCUCCACAACCACCGCCGCCGCCAGCUCCGACUAUCACGAGCAGCUGCUGCUUCGCCCGCUUCCUCAGGACACUCUCCUGGCCUCGUUCAACUUCCGCAGCAACGAGAGCGCGGCAGCAUUUGAGCAGCAGAACUUUCAAUAUUUCCCCAGAUCCUUUGGCCAGAUCUUGCAGCAUGCACACACCAAAGAAGUCCAUCUGAGGUUUAGCGUGGGCCGAUGGGACGCUGACAAUUGGGGCCAACGGCCCUGGAAUGGUGCAAGAGAAGGAGGCACUGGCGUAGAGCUCUGGGCUUGGGUAGAGGCCAACACAGAGGAUGAAGCAUUUGCGAGGUGGCUCACGCUCACCAAUGCCCUCUCCGGUCUCUUCUGUGCUUCGCUCAACUUCAUCGAUGCCACCAAGACGAUACGGCCCGUCAUGGCCUUCUCUCCCGAGGGCCAACAUCGCAACGCCUCCAACCUCCAUCUCCUCCAUGGCACACUGCCCCAUGAAGUCGUCUGCACCGAGAACCUGACGCCGUUCUUGAAACUGCUUCCCUGCAAAGGCAAGGCGGGCAUCUCCAGUCUGCUGGAUGGACACAAGCUCUUCGAUGCUUCCUUCCAGACCAUGGCCAUUGACGUGCGUCCAAUCUGUAGCGAGGGCAGCGAUUCCUGCUCUGUGGAGAUGGAGCAGACGGUGGACAUGGUCUUGGACAUUGCCCGAUCCAAGCGUCCACGAGACAAUCCCAUUCCGCGACCGCUGCCAAUGGACCAAAUGGAGUGUGAUACGUCAAAGCCUUAUCACGGCCACGACACUUGCUACCCCUUGAACAAGGGCACCGAACCCUCGUGGACACUGGAAGAGGUCUUCGGUAGGCCACUCAAGGGUGCCUGCCCCCUAAUCGACAUCGACAGCGAUACCGCACAUAACGUGUGCAUCAACACCUCCCCAGAACGCACAAUCUCCGUCAACACAACCGGCUCCUACGCCGAAGCUCUCUCCGUCUACGACACCCUGCGCUGCUACAAGCUCCCCAUUGGCUCCGACUUCGAUCUCGUUCUCCCCGAGCAGAAGAUGACUUCAGGUCUCGUUCGCCCAGAUCCCCUCGUCUUCGCCGCCCGGAGCAUCAACGGCCACGGCCAAGAACGCGGUAGUGUGCAGUCCACCCUCCGCAACCCCUCCCUUUCCCACCCCGUUGAAAUCAUCUACCUCGAGUCCCUCCCCUGGUAUAUGAAACCCUACCUCCACACCCUCCGCGCACAUCUCUCCCCCUCAGCCAAUACCACUUCCCCCAUACAGGAAACCUACUACAAACCCGCCAUCGACCGCACCCGCGGCACCCACCUCGAAUUGCGCCUUGUGAUUCCCGCAAACUCCACCCUCACCCUCACCUACGACUUUGAAAAAUCUAUCCUCCGCUACACAGAGUACCCGCCCGACGCCAACCGCGGCUUCGACGUCGCACCUGCUGUCAUUCGCGUCAUCUCGCCCCUGCCGGAUCAAGGUGACGAGAGGAGUCGUGGCGUCUAUGUUCGCACUACUAGUUUACUGCUCCCGCUUCCCACGCCGGAUUUUAGUAUGCCGUAUAAUGUCAUUAUUUUGACGAGUACGGUCAUGGCGCUGGGGUUUGGCAAUGUAUUUAAUUUGCUGGUGAGGAGGUUUGUCGGCGUGGAUGAGGUGCCCGUGGGUGGAGGGUUGAAGGCGAUUUUGAUGGCCAAGGUGGCGAGGCUGAGGGGGACUGGUGGGAGGUGA